CCUGCGGAGACCUCAGCCGCGGCGCACGGGCUGCCCCGCCUCUCCCGGAGAAGUCUGCGUCGCCGCCGCUACCGUCGCCCGCAGCCCCAAGCGCCCCGGGGCCCCAGCCCACCGCCUCGCAGACCCGCUGCGGCGGCCACCAGACGCGCCCAGUUGCACGUGGCGGACCCGCCCCCUGUGCCGACUGUGUCCUGCACUCCGCGGGUCCCGGCUCUCCGGUCCUCCGCCCCAGCCCCGGGAGCGCGAUGAGCUUCCUGAGCCGGCAGCAGUCGCCUCCGCCCCAUCGCUCUGGGGCCUCCUGUACUUUGAGACAGAAACUGAUCUUUUCGCCCUGCAGCGACUGUGAGGAGGAGGAGGAGGAAGAAGAGGAGGAGGGCAGCGGCCACAGCACCGGGGAAGACUCCGCUUUUCAGGAGCCCGACUCACCGCUGCCUCCCGCGCGGAGCCCCGUAGAGCCCGGGCCCGAGCGCUGCCGCUCGCCCGGCCCGGCCCCCGGCAGCCCUGGGGAGCUGGAUGAGGACAUGGUGCUGCGGGGUGCCUGCCCCGGUGCGGAUGCGACCGGCGGCGGGGCCGAAGGCGACUCGUGGGAGGAGGAGGGCUUCGGCUCCUCGUCCCCGGUCAAGUCGCCGGCGGCCGCCUACUUCCUGGGCAGCUCGUUCUCGCCGGUGCGCUGCGGCGGCCCGGGCGACGCGUCCCCGCGCAUUUGCGGGGCACGCAGGGUUAGCGAGGGCCCCUGCUCGCCGCUGCCUGACCACCCCGGCACCCCGCCGCACAAGACCUUCCGCAAGCUGCGGCUCUUCGACACGCCGCACACCCCCAAGAGUUUGCUCUCCAAAGCUCGAGGAAUUGAUUCCAGCUCUGUUAAACUCCGAGGUGGUUCUCUAUUCAUGGAUACAGAAAAAUCAGGAAAAAGGGAAUUUGACAUUCGACAGACUCCUCAAGUGAAUAUUAAUCCUUUUACUCCAGAUUCUGUGUUACUUCAUUCCUCAGGACAGUGUCGAAGAAGAAAGAGGACAUAUUGGAAUGAUUCCUGUGGUGAAGACAUGGAAGCCAGUGACUAUGAAUUUGAAGAUGAAACAAGACCUGCUAAAAGAAUUACAAUUACUGAAAGCAAUAUGAAGUCACGGUAUACAACAGAAUUUCAUGAGCUAGAGAAAAUUGGCUCUGGAGAAUUCGGUUCUGUGUUUAAGUGUGUGAAGAGGCUGGAUGGAUGCAUUUAUGCCAUUAAGCGGUCAAAAAAGCCAUUGGCCGGCUCUGUUGAUGAGCAGAACGCUUUGAGAGAAGUAUAUGCUCAUGCAGUGCUUGGACAACAUUCUCAUGUAGUUCGAUAUUUCUCUGCAUGGGCAGAAGAUGAUCAUAUGCUUAUACAGAACGAAUAUUGUAAUGGUGGAAGUUUAGCUGAUGCCAUAAGUAAAAACUACAGAAGCAUGAGUUACUUUACCGAAGCAGAGUUGAAGGAUCUCCUUUUGCAAGUUGGCCGGGGCUUGAGGUAUAUCCAUUCAAUGUCUUUGGUUCACAUGGAUAUAAAGCCUAGUAAUAUUUUCAUAUCUCGAACCUCAAUUCCAAAUGCUGCCUCUGAAGAAGGAGAUGAAGAUGACUGGAUGUCCAACAAAGUUAUAUUUAAAAUAGGUGAUCUUGGGCAUGUAACAAGGAUUUCUAGUCCACAAGUUGAAGAGGGUGAUAGCCGUUUUCUUGCAAAUGAAGUUUUGCAGGAGAACUAUACCCAUCUACCAAAAGCGGAUAUUUUUGCCCUUGCCCUCACAGUGGUAUGUGCUGCUGGUGCUGAACCUCUUCCCAGAAAUGGAGACCAAUGGCAUGAAAUCAGACAGGGUAGAUUACCUCGGAUUCCACAAGUGCUUUCCCAAGAAUUUACAGAGCUGCUAAAAGUUAUGAUUCAUCCAGAUCCAGAGAGAAGACCAUCAGCAAUGGCAUUGGUAAAGCAUUCAGUAUUGCUGUCUGCUUCUAGAAAAAGUGCAGAACAAUUACGAAUAGAAUUAAAUGCUGAAAAGUUCAAAAAUUCACUUUUGCAGAAGGAACUCAAGAAAGCCCAGUUGGCAAAAGCUGCAGCUGAGGAAAGAGCACUCUUCACUGACCGGAUGGCUACUAGGUCCACCACCCAGAGUAAUAGAACAUCUCGACUUAUUGGAAAGAAAAUGAACCGCUCUGUCAGUCUUACCAUAUACUGAACUACUCGUUUCCCACCUCCCCCAAAAAACUGUGACAAGAGGGAAGAUAGGUUGAAAUCACUGCUAGAAUUCAGUUUGCAAUCACUUUCUCAAAAUCGGUGUUAGUAGUUUACCUGUUAGGACUUUUAUUUGUGAAUUACAGUUAAAAGCUGUAUUUUGACCAAUGCUCUAUCAGGCUUUCAUCUAGUCUUACCAGUCAGUCUUCUGUAGGAUGUCGGUCACUGUUGGAUGUUACAUCAGCCUUUCCAGGGUUAACCACUAUGGUGGUCUGCUGCUUAUAGUUUGCUGUUGGGUUGUAAUAAAAGGUGUCCUUCCCUAUAAUGACCUGUAAAAAGGACUCAAGGGCUUUAUUACAAACAUUCUCCCUUUGAAAAGGGAAAUGCUAAGACUCAGUUACUGCUCAGCCUUCAUUGUACCUGUGUGUCAGUCUUAUAUUUCUUUCUUUUUUUGUGUGUGAAUUAUACUUGUAUAUCCAACUGGGAGCACUUUGUAGGCACUGUAUGAACCAUGGAAUGAUAAUUCUGUGGAAGUAUUGCCUUGUGAAUUUGCUGCUAUUUUAGUUUUGUCUUUGCUGUAAAAUUGUAGCAUUAAACAAUCAUCAUUGUUAAUAGGCAUUCUUUUGAAAACAAUUAUGUGAAAUAUAUAGCUGCUCUUGAUGAAAAGCAGCUAUUUGCCUUUCUUUUUCUUUGGACUUUGAAGCUAGUGCAUUGGAGAAGUGCACCUCCCCCCCCCCUUUGGAAUGCUGUAUUAAUGUAGUAUAAUUAUUACUGGUUUUGUAAUUUUUUCUGAUAAUGCCCUUCCCGGACUCUUUUUUUUUUUUAAAAAUGUUUCCUCCUUCCACCCAAGUUUUGUACUUGAUUGUAUUGUUAGUCUGUUUUUAACUGUUGUGCCUUGGUCCUCUUCAAUAUUUGUGUAUAUAAACUAAUCUUGGUGGUACUGUACAUAGCUGUUUGAAAUGCCAGAAUGACUUCUGACUAUUCCAAGCUUUUCACAAAAUAUAUUUUAUCUGUGAUUAGCCAUUUGACUAAUAAUACUGGCUAAUAGAUGUUGGAAGAAAAGAAUUUUUCUAUUGUUUUCCUAUUAAUUUUGGUAUAAGACAUGUUUGCACUUGUCUCUUUGACUUGUGUUUUAUUAACAUUGAUUGGCAUAUUAAAAGUCACUCUGAGCUUAACUGUCUAAA